CCGGGCGGUUCGAAGCCGAGCGGGCGGAAUGGCGGAGCUGCGGCCGCCGGGACCGCGGGAGGAUGGCCGGGACUCGCCGAGCGCCGGCCCGCGGGACCGCGCCGAGCAGGCCGAGGGUGUGCAGCGGGAAGAUGCCGAGAGCGAUUGGAGUGCUGACUCCUGGAGUGACUAUGGCAGUCGUGACAAACCAGGGACUACUUUGGGAAGGACUGUGCCAGACGGGAACGUGCUUUUCCCAGAUAUUUUUCAUACCAAUCAUCUUUUGUUUUACGAGCGAUUCAGAGCUUACCAGGAUUACAUUUUGGCUGACUGCAAAGCUUCUGAGGUGAAGCGUUUCAUAGCUGAGUACCUGGAGAAGGUCCUUGAGCCCUCUGGCUGGCAGGCGAUCUGGCGCACUGAUGUGUUUGAGGUCCUUGUCGGGGUGGUUGAUGUGAAUUUCCCGGCCCUGAAGGCAGUUGUGCAGCUCAGUGAACCGUUCCUGUGCGAGUCCCAGGACAGCAGCUUUACCCUGGAGUGCAUGCAGGAGCUCUUGGAGCUGAAGGAACAUCAGAUCCUGCUGCAGGAGCUGUGGGUUGUGUAUGAUGAGUCAGGAGAGUUUGACCAGACAGCACUAGCCAUAGAACAUGUCAGGUUCUUCUACCGGUGCAUCUGGAGGACCUGGGAUGAGGAGGAGGAGGAUGAGUUUGAUUACUUUGUUCGAUGUGUUGAGCCCCGACUGAGACUGCACUAUGACAUCCUGGAACAUCGGGUGCCUUCUGGGCUGGUAGCUGAUUACCAGAACUUGUUGUCCCAGUGUGAAGAGCUUUAUGAAAAGUUUUUAAAUGUGAGGAACAGCAUAUCAAGCAAUGAUUCGGACUCAGAAGCAGAAAACGUUUCCAUGGUAGAAGGACUAAAAUUGUACGACAAAGUGGAGCACUUAAAACAAAAACUAAAACUAAUUGAGAAUCCUCUGCUGAGGUACGUGUUUGGUUACCAGAAAUACGGCAGCCUCCAGGCUAAAGGACUGAGACCAACGGGUGCCAAGGUCAUUCAUGUUGUGCCCUGGACCAUGACAGCAAAUCUGCUCCAUCUGUUGGCAAGGGACAAACUCUGCCCAGAAUCUUGUGAAGAGUUAGAAAUACAGUUUCACCGUGAUCCGCUGACAGCUGUAAAUGCCUGUUACGAAGGAGACACAGUCAUCAUCUGUCCUGGCCAUUAUUUUGUCGAUGGCGUGUUCUCCAUUGCUGAUUCAAUAGAGCUAGAAGGCUAUGGCCUGCCAGAUGAUGUCGUGAUAGAAAAACAAGGGAAAGGAGACAACUUCUUUGACUGUACAGGAGCCAAUAUAAAGAUCUCCAAUUUGAAGUUAGUGCAGCAUGAUGCUGUGGAGGGGAUUUUAAAUGUCCAUCAUGGGAAAACCACCCUGGAGAAUUGUGUGUUACAGUGUGAAACCACUGGAAUAACAGUGAGGACAUCAGCUGAGCUACUGAUGAAAAACUCAGAUCUCUAUGGGGCAAAGGGUGCUGGUGUGGAAAUCUAUCCAGGAAGUGCGUGCACCCUGCUGCACAAUGGGAUCCACCACUGCAAGGAGGGAAUACUGGUCAAGAACUUCUUAGAUGAGGAUUAUGAGGCUCCCAAGAUAACCAUGGUUAAUAAUAUGAUCCACAAUAAUGAAGGAUAUGGCGUGGUCCUGGUUAGACCAGCGAUGCCCUCUGAAAUGAAGGAUGCUUCAGCACAGGGAACAAAAGGGAAUACACAACCUACCCAGGCAGGUGAUGAGACAGCCUGUGCAGAGAACUCCAGGCAAGAACAACCUGGAUGUGUAACUGAUGAGCUGGAGCUUUAUAAGCAAGCUGGGACUUCUGAACAAACUGAAAACUCUGAAAUUGCAAAUGUUCUUGGGGCUACUUCUGCAAAGAAGAGCCAGAUACACAAGAAAAGACUGAGUAAACUGGGAUUUACAGAAGCUGAUGACAAUUUAAUGUCACAGGAAAUGUUUGUCUCUGUUGAGGGCAAUCAGUUCAAAUGGAAUGGGAAAGGAAGUUUUGGUAUCUUUUUUUUCUGAUUCCUGCUGGCAUUGCAGUAGGAUUUGUACAGUUAUUGGUUAGGUCACAUGCCAAGAGUUGUGCUGUGGUGUUAUGCUUUUAUUACCCAAGUGUAAUCCUUAUUAAAGGACUGCAGCUAAAAGCUCACUUGGUUCUUCUGUCUCAUCUCCAUGCCUUAAAUCUCCUGGGUGAGCUGCCUUUGUGAUGCACACGGAGCACUUAUUUCCCUGCACUUCAUUUUAAGGCUGAGCUCUCGACAAUCUCUUGUCUCUGUUUAUAAAAUCAGCUUUAUCACCAAAGGGCAGAAUGGGUCAGCUUGGGGGGACCCACAUUGGGUCAUCUGGUCCCACCUCCCAUCUCCAGCAGGGCCAUCCCAGAGCUCAUGGCACCGGAUUGUGUACAGGAUUGUUGUGGAAUGUUCCCAGGGAGGGAGACUCCACACCCUCCGUGGGCAGCGUGUUCAGUGCUCAGUCACUGCACAGGAAAGUUCUCCCUUAUGUUCAGGUGGAACUUCCUGGGCAUCAGUUCCUGCCUGUUCCUCCUGUCCCAUUGCUGAGCCCCACGGAGCAGAGCCUGGGCCAUGCUCUGAGCCCUCCCUUUGGACACUGACAGACAGGGAUGAGGUCCCUUCUCAGCUGUCUCUUCUCGAGGCUGAGCAGGACCGAUUGCCUCAGCCUUUCCUCGGCAGAGAGAUGUUCCAGUCCCUUCACCCUCAGCUGGCCCUGCUCCAGGAACUCUUCUCUCCGGUACUGAGGAGCCCAGAGCUGGGCACAGCACCCCAGGUGCUCCUCACCAGGGCAGGGUCACCUCCCAUUGGCCUUACAAGGACACAGUGCUGGCUGUGGACCAGGACCCCCAGGACCUCCAGCAGCUUUGUUGUGCCUGUUUGUAGUUGAUCAUGUCUGGUUGCUGUGGUUGGGUCAUGCUCUGUGUAGGUACACCCACGCAUUUUGUGCUCUGCAGACUGCACUUGAGUCACUCCCACAGUAGGACCUAAUUGUUGGUAAAUCACCUGGUGGUCUUAACCCACUCUAAUAAGGCCUUAAUCUCUCAGCACAAAAUUAAAACCUGGAAGCAGCAGUAUAAUCAAGUACCACUUUACUUGAGAGUCCUCAAACAGUCUUUUAGAGCUUUUCUUCAAAGGCUUGUUUUAAAAAUGUGACCUUUUGUUCAAAUGCUCUUCUCAAGUUUUGGUGUGCUUGUUUAAUGUGAGUGCUUAAUAGCACCAAGCAUGUUUGUCACAGGUAUUUUUCACAUUAGCACAUACUUGGCCCUCACAGAGUCACCUGUACAGCUGUUUAUAAAGAAGUGCUAUUCAUUGAUAAGCAACUGCAGUUUGGGUGAGAAAUACUGCAGGUUAAAGCUGGUCUUUGGCUGUCAGAGUACCUUUGAAAUGGCUGAUGCUCACACAACAUGGCAUGGUAUGUAAAAAAGCAAUAUUUGGGAUAGGGUCCAGGAUUGUGGCAAUAUUCUAAGAUUGUGCAGGAAUCUGCAUGUGAAUAACAAACACACAACAGUUCCAGGGACCGGCAGCAGGAGGGACACACCCAGCCCGCAGCACGGCUCAAACGCUGCAGCUUCUCCAGAGGAAGGGACUGUCCGUCCAGCCAGCUCCUUUCUGCAGCACAGUGUCAGACAGGAGCCCUGUUUGCAGUGGGGCUGGGCCCAUCCUGUGGGGAGCACUGCCGGUGCUGCCAGGCUCCCUGGGUCACCUCCUCAGUGCCCACAGGCCCGGAGCUGUGUCCCCUGGCUGAGCCCUGUGCUCACAAGUGACUGUGUAGUCAUUGGCUUUAGCUAUAAUGCACUGGCUAUUGCAAUUAUUAUCACAAUUUUCAUAUAGUACAGUUUGUAAUUAAUAAUCUGUCAGCUUUUGUAGCCAAUGCCUUGUGUAGCAUAUAUAUAUGUAGUAGUGUGAUAGAUAUAUAUUAUAGUUUAGGCUUUCACAAAACCUUCAAUAGAAACUAUGUGUUGUGCAUUGUAAUGUUAAAUGCCUUUAUUUGUAUAACUAACUGACAAAAGUGAGAAUAACUGAGAUAAUGUUGAUUUUAAUGUACUUGAGGAGUAUCUGAAUGAUAAGGUAGCAUUGUAAAGAACUAGGAAAAUAAACACCAAGAGAAAAAUGCAAGGAGAGAUUUACUACUGACCUUCGGGUUAUCAAGAAGUGUCAACCAACAGAACAGAGCCUCGUGAAGAAAUAAAAUACACAAAUUUCAUCUGCAGGAUGGCAUGUACUUUAAGAAGACAAGUCAAAGGUCAAAUCAAGCAAAAGAAUUCCCGGAACAUGUAAACUCACAGGAAUGUUUUAAUAUGUAUAAUCCUCAUGAAUAUGCAUUUAAACAAUGUAGUGAAAAA